AUGCCGGACCAGAUCUCCGUGUCGGAAUUCGUGUCCGAGACCAAUGAGGAUUACAAGUCACCUACCGCCUCCAACUUCACCACCCGGAUGGCCCAGUGCAGGAACACGGUGGCGGCCAUCGAGGAGGCUCUGGAUGUUGACCGAACUGUUCUCUAUAAAAUGAAGAAAUCUGUCAAAGCCAUAAACAUAUCUGGUCUGGCUCACGUGGAAAAUGAAGAACAGUAUACACAAGCACUGGAGAAAUUCGGAGGCAACUGUGUUUGCAGGGAUGACCCAGAUUUGGGAACAGCGUUUUUAAAAUUUUCUGUGUUUACAAAGGAAUUAACUGCACUCUUCAAAAAUUUGAUUCAGAAUAUGAACAACAUAAUCACUUUUCCAUUGGACAGUUUGCUGAAGGGAGAUCUGAAGGGAGUAAAAGGGGACCUUAAAAAACCCUUUGAUAAAGCUUGGAAGGACUAUGAAACAAAAGUUACAAAAAUAGAGAAGGAGAAAAAAGAGCAUGCUAAGCUGCAUGGGAUGAUCCGUACAGAAAUAAGUGGAGCUGAAAUUGCGGAAGAAAUGGAGAAAGAAAGAAGGUUCUUCCAGUUACAGAUGUGUGAGUACCUGCUGAAAGUCAAUGAAAUCAAGAUUAAAAAAGGAGUGGACUUGCUUCAGAACUUGAUCAAGUAUUUUCAUGCUCAGUGCAAUUUCUUUCAGGAUGGGUUAAAAGCAGUUGAAAGUCUCAAGCCUUCAAUUGAGACACUAUCCACAGAUCUUUAUACAAUUAAACAAGCACAAGAUGAGGAAAGACGACAAUUAACCCAGCUUAGAGAUAUUUUAAAAUCAGCACUUCAGGUUGAUCAGAAAGAGGAUUCUCAGAUUCGUCAGAGUACAGCUUACAGUUUACAUCAGCCUCAGGGAAACAAGGAACAUGGCACUGAACGAAAUGGUAGUCUGUACAAGAAAAGUGAUGGAAUCAGAAAAGUGUGGCAGAAAAGGAAGUGCUCGGUUAAAAAUGGCUUUCUUACAAUUUCCCAUGGUACAGCUAACCGACCUCCAGCAAAGCUCAAUCUGUUAACCUGCCAAGUGAAAACAAACCCAGAGGAGAAAAAAUGUUUUGACCUCAUAUCACACGACAGAACGUACCACUUUCAAGCAGAGGAUGAACAGGAAUGUCAAAUAUGGACAUCUGUGCUACAAAACAGCAAAGAGGAAGCUUUAAAUAAUGCAUUCAAAGGAGAUGAUAACACAGGAGAAAAUAAUAUUGUCCAGGAACUGACAAAAGAAAUUAUAUCUGAAGUCCAGAGGAUGACUGGAAAUGAUGUGUGUUGUGACUGUGGAGCACAAGAUCCUACGUGGCUUUCAACAAAUUUGGGAAUUCUAACUUGCAUUGAAUGCUCAGGAAUCCAUAGAGAACUUGGUGUUCACUAUUCCAGAAUGCAAUCACUUACAUUAGAUGUGCUGGGAACAUCUGAACUUCUGCUUGCAAAGAAUAUUGGGAAUGCUGGGUUUAAUGAGAUUAUGGAAUUCUGUCUGCCAGUUGAUGAGAUGGUCAAACCUAAUCCAAGCAGCGAUAUGAAUGCAAGAAAAGAUUAUAUUACUGCCAAGUAUAUUGAGAGAAAAUAUGCAAGGAAGAAGCAUGCUGAUAAUACAGCUAAAUUGCACGCUCUUUGUGAAGCAGUCAAAUCAAGAGACAUUCUUGGAUUAGUCCAAGUAUAUGCUGACGGUGUGGAUCUCACAGAAAAAAUUCCACUGGCCAAUGGCCAUGAGCAAGACGAAACAGCACUUCACCUUGCUGUUAGGUCAGUUGAUCGAACAUCCCUUCAUAUAGUUGACUUUUUAGUGCAGAACAGUGGCAAUCUAGAUAAGCAAACAUGUAAAGGUAGCACAGCCCUGCAUUACUGCUGUCUGACGGACAAUGUUGAGUGCCUCAAACUGCUGCUGAGAGGAAAGGCUUCUAUUGAAAUAGCUAAUGAAUCAGGAGAGACGCCACUUGAUAUAGCUAAACGUUUAAAACAUACUCACUGUGAAGAGUUGCUUACUCAAGCACUGUCCGGAAGAUUUAAUUCUCAUGUUCAUGUAGAAUAUGAAUGGCGGUUACUCCAUGAAGAUCUGGACGAAAGUGAUGAUGACGUGGAUGAAAAGCUGCAGCAACCCAGUCCCAAUCGGAGAGAGGACAGGCCUGUCAGCUUCUAUCAACUUGGAUCAAACCAACUUCAGCCUAAUGUAGCAUCCUUGGCGAGAGAUGCAGCGAACAUUGCUAAGGAUAAGCAAAGAGGAUUUAUGCCAAGUAUAUUACAGAAUGAAACAUAUGGAGCAAUACUCAGUGGCAGUCCACCUCCCAUUCAGCCUGCAGUACCUGUUACAAGUAGUGCACCUCCUCUACCUCCAAGGAAUAUUGGCAAAGUUCAGCCUUCAGUUCUUGGCAGUGGUAUUCAGACAAUUUCUUCAUCUAAUGCAAUGUGGAAGACAAAUUCUUUAGGAGUGGAAAGUAUAAGCAGGCAGAGGUCUUCAUCAGAUCCACCAGCUAUUCAUCCCCCUGUGCCGCCAUUGCGUGUAACAUCUACAAAUGUGCUUUCUCCAGCACCACCGCCUCCAGUGGCAAAGACAGCCAGCAUUAUUGAAGCUUUGAACCAGCAAUCUAAACAGCAACCACCUCCUGCACAAACUAAGCCAACCCCACCACCACUGCCCCCACAACCUCCUAGUAGAAUCUCUCAAAGAAAGCCUAUUCCUGGGACUGAGAAGUCGUCUGGCUUAACUAACAAAGGGCAGUCCAGAGGACUUGGGUCUCUACAACAAACCGCAGGAGAGUCAUCUUCUGUGUGCGAAAUUCCAGUAACACAGACUGGUUCUACAACAAAUAUUUUGGCACAUAUCCAGCCACCAGCACCAAUGCCAAGGAAAUCACAAAUCUCAAAAACUAAACCGAAGAGAGUAAAAGCAAUUUACAAUUGUGUAGCAGAUAACCCAGAUGAGUUAACUUUUUCAGAGGGAGAUAUUAUUGUAGUCGAUGGUGAAGAAGAUCAGGAGUGGUGGAUUGGUCAUAUUGAUGGAGAUCCCAGUCGGAAAGGAGCUUUCCCUGUAUCAUUUGUGCACUUUAUUGUUGACUAAAUUGCUACUGAUAAGUGAAGACAUUGCUCGUUUCCAGCGGUCACAGAAAUAAGUUUUACUCUAUUGCAUUUCAUCUACCUAUCUGCAGACACCUUGCUAGAGCACUGCUCAAGUCCUAGGUACUGUAGCUUACUUUUUUAUUGCCAUCAUUCUGAUUUUGGGACUUCUAAAACUUUUUUUCUAUGUGAAAACUUCUCAUGAGCAGUUCACACUUUAAAAAAACAGCUCUUCCUGUAUUUUUCAAGGUGAACUUAAAAGCUUUAACAAUCAAAAUCAUAUGUGUAUGAACAUCACAACAUUAUGAAUGUUCUUUUCCAUCAAUUCACUGUAAUUUUAUUCUCCCUUUUGUAACAUGACAAUACCACAGUUCAGUGUUGCUUCCCCAGUCAAAGAAAUUGUGUGCGUCUAACAGGGCAGUGAAUUUAUCCAAUUCUCGAUACCAUUUGAAGUGUUGGAACCAAAACAUGCAAGCUGCUGCGUAGUUCUAAAUUGGACUGUUUAGCAUCUUGCCAUACUGGUUGUCAUCCAGAAUGUCAACAAUUACAGAAGAAACAAUUUUAAUCGGGUGUCUUUGGCCAGGUAAAAGUAAAAAAGUAUUUCAGUUUACCACAGGAGAAACUUCUUUCUUUCAGAAUGGAUGUAGAUAUUUGCUUAAAGUUAUCUGAAAUCUGUGUUAGUCGUUGAACGUUCUAGUUCUAAUUUUGUGAGCUUGAGACUGUUUCAUUUUUCUAUGCUGCAUGUGUGUAGAACCUGUUUUUUCAAUGUUCUUUAUGUAUGUUACAUCCAUUUUGGUCAUUUAAUGUGACUACUGCUGGUUAACUAAACUAUGGCAAUAUUAAUGAGUUACUACAUUAACUCAAGGAUAUGAAAACUGCACUUCCUGAA